AUGGUGGAAACCAAAGCCCCCAAGAACAUCCGCCAAUUGAGCCGAUUCAUCACCACCCACAACGAUGACGGCAAAGCGAUCUUCUCCAACACCUUGCCCGAGGUCUUGCCUGUCCAAACAAUUCCAGACGGAGCAGACUUUAGCCUAGCUUACACCACGAAGCGGUUCCCCGCCAAGCUUGACAAUGACGCCGACAUCGACGAGUACUCUUCUCACUUGACGAGUCCUCCCGGCCUGUCGAUCUCCACCGGCACUGUUUGCCGUAUUGUGGACAUCCAGCCCGGGGCAACCAGCCCCAUGCAUCGCACCGUGUCACUGGACUAUGGUGUGGUCCUUGAGGGGGAGAUUGAGCUGGUUCUGGACUCGGGAGAGACGAGGCUUUUGAAGCGCGGCGACGUUGCCGUUCAGCGUGGAACCAACCACGCCUGGCGCAAUGUGACACCGGAUGUGCUGGACCCGGAGACGGGCAAGGCGAUUCCUCAGUGGGGUCGUAUGUUGUACGUUUUGACUCCGACGCUGCCGCUGGAGAUUGGGGGGAAGAAGUUGAAUGAGGAGUUGGACGGAAUGGGAAUUCCUUCUAGUUCGUAG